AUGAUCCGCUCGGUCGUGCUAUUACUACUGGGCUCUAUGGCGCUGGCCACUGCCGUGCACGUGACGAUUCCGUCGGGCGCUAUCGAGUGCUUCUCCGUUGAGGCAGAGAGCUACAAGCAAGGCAUCUCUCUCAACUACGAGGUCCUUCGUGGCGUAGCAGACGAGCUGAAGACGGAGCUCUUGGACGGCAAACAGCAGGUCGUGUAUACUCGCACUGGUGCGUCAGGGCGGUACGUGAGUCCCAUUGGAGAAGGAGGGAUGCACUCAGUGUGCUUUGACAAUGAGCAUACGAGUGCGGGAGACGUGGUCGUUGGCUUCUCGUUCCAUGCCGACGAUCCGAGCCACGAGGUGCUCUCGAACGCGGACGCUACUAAAAUCAAGCACGUGCAGGAGCUGGAGGACAUUGUGUACGAGCUGAGCGUGAACCUCGACACGGUGAAAGACACCCAAGCAUACAUGAAGGCGAUUACAAACCACCAUGACCAGCUGAUCACGAGCACACACAGUCGCAUCAUGUGGUGGACGGUCAUCGAGCUGCUCGUACUCACGUCUGUCUCAGUCGCGCAGAUUUCGUUCUUGCGGCGCGCGCUCGAGGUGCGACGGAUCCUGUAG